AUGCUUGAAAUCACCGGGACUUUUGGCUAUGGCACGGCGUCGCUCACUUUCCGCCAGCCGAGGCCAUCAAUCACUGAUGCCUUACGAGCCUUAAAUUGUGCCACCCAGGAGUUCGAUACACACCUCAUCAACGGUGCCGACUUCUACGGUCCUGACUACGACAAUUACAAGUUGUUGAAGACGUUCUUGGACAUCAACAAGGACUCCUUCGACAGGAAGCUUAUCUACGCAAUUAAGUCGGGGUUUGAUCCUGAGACGUUCCAACCCAAUAACUCGCGGGAGUUUUUGGAUGCUCAAGUGAAGGCGAUGUUGGAGUACUUCCCCGUGGGCAUGCCCUGUAGACCACAUAUCUUAUUCCAGCCGGCUCGUGUUGAUGCUAAGGUGUCCAUUGAGGAUACGAUGGCCACCAUCAAACGGUACUUGGACCAAGGCUGGAUCGACGGUAUUGGUCUUUCUGAAGUUGGAGCUUCUACCAUCGAGAAAGCGGUGGCAGUGGCGCCGGUUUCCGCGGUGGAAGUUGAGUUCUCGUUAUUCUGCACCGAUAUCUUAAAGAACGGCAUCAUCGACGUGUGCAGCAAGCAUGGUAUUCCCAUCAUUGCUUAUUCACCGUUGGGACAAGGAAUCCUCACUGAUUUGGCAGUGGAGAAUGGUGAAGGGUGGUUACACCUGUUGCCUCAAGAAGAUUUCCGCCGUCAGUUUGAUAAGUUCACUGGUGAUAACUUUUUGGCUAACUUGAAACUUUCGAAAGAACUUUACCAACUUGCUCACAAUAAGUUUAGCGUAUCGCUUGAGACGCUUUCGUUAUCAUGGCUUAUCGCUUUGAGUGAGAACCCUAACUACCAUGGCGUGGCAAUGCCCAAAAUCAUCCCUAUCCCUGGAGGGCUGACUCCCGAAAAGAUCCGCCACAACUUCCUGAAGGUGAUCAAGUUGUCGGCGGCUGAUCUUGAGGAGAUCGAUGCCAUCGUCGCCAAACACCCCGUGCAAGGAGGCAGAUACAAUUCUGAACAACAGCCUUUGCUCAACGGGUAA